AUGCUGUCUGUCACUGUUGGAAUCAGCCAAGCAACACCACCAGAAUCACGACUCACCACCAACAAACCACAGGCUUGCUGUUGCUGCAGUGCCCAAGGAUGUAUUUUGGUCGCUCAUUACGAGGCAGAGCAAAUUCCACACAUACCAGAUGCCGGGGAAACAACACAAUGCCUAAUUCACGCAAACCAAACCAAACCAAACCAUUCAAGCAUCAACUUCAAGCACAUGUGGACCAGAUACAACUCGGCCUACUCGAUGACCCCGCUGCUACGCCAAUCCAUAUUCUCUAUAACCUUCCGCUACACCAACAGCAUCAGCAUCGACAACACAGACCCGAUCGUCCGUCAUGCAAACCGACUGCCUUCCGCCAUCCGAAUAUUCCACCUGCAGCUCUGCAUGGCCAAGCCUCAAGCCUCAAGUCUACCAAGGUCAUUCAUCCAAAUCCCCGUCCCAUCUUUGCUCCCGUAUCCCGUCUGCAUUUCGAUUCUUAUUCUCUGUAUCCAUACGGAUGCAGGUACGUCGCCCCCGCCCGCCGCCGCGCUACACCGCGUACGAACAUACGCACAGUCAUCACCACAACCCGUUCCAGUCCAGGUCAUCGUCAUCGGCCUCCAGCCUCUCCUUUCUCUCCCGGGCCUCCGAAAAUUCCCAAGACUCUCCAAGACCACUUUACAAUGCUUCCAAGACCUAAGCCUCCACGACAAGAAACCCAAACGGGCCCAAGUAGCUACUGCUGGCAUGUUCCCUCGCCCGCUCUCAUCUCAAGCACCUCCGCGACACGGGGUGUUUGGGUGUCGCCUAGCCUCAGACAUCAGACAAGACCACCUCGAGAAACAGGAACACGGCACCACGACCAGAGGAAGAAGCGGCACGCACUAG